CGACGGCCCCGCCCGCGAGUGGCGGGCGGUCACGUGACGCGACGGCUGGGGGCUCCCGGCGCGGGGGACGCUGGUGGCCAAGAUGGCGGCGGAGCUGGUGGAGGCCAAAAACAUGGUGAUGAGUUUCCGAGUCUCCGAUCUUCAGAUGCUCCUGGGUUUUGUUGGCCGGAGUAAGAGUGGACUUAAACACGAACUUGUCACCCGGGCCCUCCAGCUGGUCCAGUUUGACUGUAGCCCCGAGCUGUUCAAGAAGAUCAAGGAGCUGUACGAGACACGCUACGCCAAGAAGAGCUCAGAGCCUGUCCCCCAGCCCCACCGGCCCCUGGACCCCCUGACCAUGCACUCAACUUACGACCGGGCUGGCACGGUGCCCAGGACUCCCCUCUCGGGCCCCAACAUUGACUACCCUGUGCUCUACGGGAAGUACUUGAAUGGACUUGGACGCUUGCCCGCCAAGACCCUCAAGCCAGAAGUGCGUCUGGUGAAACUGCCCUUCUUCAACAUGCUGGACGAGUUGCUGAAGCCCACAGAGCUGGUCCCGCAGAAUAGCGAGAAGCUGCAGGAGAGCCCGUGCAUCUUUGCGCUAACGCCGAGGCAAGUGGAGCUGAUCAGGAACUCCAGAGAACUGCAGCCCGGGAUCAAGGCCGUGCAGGUCGUCCUCAGAAUUUGCUACUCAGACACCAGCAGCCCUCAGGAGGACCAGUACCCACCCAACAUCGCCGUAAAGGUCAACCACAGCUACUGCUCGGUCCCGGGCUACUACCCCUCCAAUAAGCCGGGAGUGGAACCCAAAAGGCCCUGCCGCCCCAUCAACCUCACCCACCUCAUGUACCUGUCCUCGGCCACCAACCGCAUCACCGUGACCUGGGGGAACUACGGCAAGAGUUACUCCGUGGCCUUGUACUUGGCGCGGCAGCUGACCUCUGCGGAGCUGCUGCAGGGCUUGAAAACCAUCGGGGUCAAGCAUCCGGAGCUGUGCAAGGCGCUGGUCAAAGAGAAGCUGCGCCUGGACCCCGACAGCGAGAUCGCCACCACGGGCGUGCGGGUCUCCCUCAUCUGCCCGCUGGUGAAGAUGCGGCUGUCGGUGCCCUGCCGCGCCGAGACCUGCGCGCACCUGCAGUGCUUCGACGCCGUCUUCUACCUGCAGAUGAACGAGAAGAAGCCCACGUGGACGUGCCCGGUGUGCGACAAGCCGGCCCCCUACGACCAGCUCGUCAUCGAUGGGCUCCUCUCCAAGAUCCUGAGUGAGUGCGAGGAUGCGGACGAGAUCGAGUACCUGGUGGACGGCUCGUGGUGCCCGAUCCGCGCCGAGAAGGAGCGCAGCUGCAGUCCCCAGUGUCCCAUCCUCGUGCUGGGCCCCUCGGACACCAAUGGGCUCCUGCCCGCCCCCAACGUCAAUGGCGGUGGCAGCGGUGGCGCGCUGGGGGGCGCCGGUGGCGGUGGCGGCGCGGCAGGCGGUGUGGAGAAUGGGAAGCCGGGAGCCGACGUGGUGGACCUCACGCUGGACAGCUCGUCGUCCUCGGAGGAGGAGGAGGAGGAGGAAGAGGAUGAGGAGGACGAGGACGAGGAGGGCCCCCGGCCCAAGCGACGCUGCCCCUUUCAGAAGGGCCUGGUGUCGGCCUGCUGACUGCUUGCCGCCGCCGCCACCGGCUGGACACACGACUUUCCUGGUGCUCACCCACGCGGAUGGGGCGCAGGCAGGCCUCGGGGUACAGAGGGAGGAGUGAUUUUUUUUCUUUUUAUCGUUGUUCAUUUGUUUUUCCACCCCUUUCCCUGGCUCCUGGCACCUGUACCUCUGGACUCUCCAAUCGGAGGAUUAAAAAAAAGUAAAAUGACAAAAAAAA